GCUUGUAGAAGCUCAGGGCUCGGCGACAGCGGGACGCGGGGAGCGGGGCGGGUGAUUUGCCUAAGUGAAAGUGAAAAAAAACUCGGAGCCCCCCCGACUACAGUUCUACCCAUGCGUACAGCGACCGGCUGGCAGGCCGGGAAGCCGAGCGUACGGCCGCGGUCGCGGAAAGGGGCCAGUCACUUCCCGGAAGAGGCGGGGCCGUGGGCGAGAAGGCGCCGAAUUCGAAGUGCUCCCCUGGAGCUUUCCGGGGCAGGGUGCUAAGCGCCAAACGGUCGACUUUGCUUGGGGAAGGAAAGAGAAAGUCUUUCCUUUUCUUUUUCUUUUUUUUUGAGAAGAGAAAAUUUAGAAACUUGGAGACAGCAGUAGUUAGGAUUCAGGCCAAACUGGUAAAUCACGGAAGGGCGUCUUUCAAAACCAAGGAGGAAGGGUUGCCCCGGUGUUCUUGAUUCAUUCCGAAGAGCUGACCAAUGGAAGAAAUAAGAAUACUCUAUUAUUUAUGAAUCACCCCACACUAGCUCAAAAUACAUUGUUUGAAUUUCUGUUCUGAGCUUCUAUGUCUUUUUACAAUCUUUUGAAAAGUGUGCCUCAAAUAACAGCAGAUAAUCACCAGGAUGGGAGUGAAUGACUUGUGGCAGAUUCUGGAGCCUGUUAAACAACACGUCCACUUGCACAGUCUUGGUGGGAAAACCAUUGCGGUUGAUCUGAGUCUCUGGGUAUGUGAAGCACAGACAGUCAAAAAAAUGAUUGGGACAGUCAUGAAGCCCCACCUCAGGAGCCUAUUUUUUCGUAUCUCAUAUUUAACGCUAAUGGACGUAAAACUGGUGUUCGUUAUGGAAGGGGAACCGCCAAAGCUGAAAGCUGAUGUCAUAAGUAAGAGGAAUCAGAUUCGGUAUGGAGGUUCGGGAAAAACAUGGUCUCAGAAAACAGGGAGAUCACAUUUUAAAUCAGUCUUAAAGGAGUGUCUUGAUAUGCUGGAAUGCUUAGGAAUUCCCUGGGUCCAAGCUGCUGGGGAAGCUGAAGCCAUGUGUGCUUACCUCAAUGCCAGUGGUUAUGUAGAUGGCUGCCUCACGAAUGAUGGAGACGCUUUCCUUUAUGGCGCCCAAACUGUUUAUAGAAAUUUCACUUUGAAUACCAAGGACCCACAUGUUGACUGUUAUACAAUGCCAUCCAUCAAGAGUAAACUAGGUUUGGAUAGAAAUGCUCUGGUUGGGCUAGCAAUACUACUUGGCUGUGAUUAUCUUCCAAAGGGAGUCCCUGGAGUUGGAAAAGAGCAAGCAUUAAAACUUAUAAAGAUUUUGAAAGGGCAAAGUUUACUUCAGAGGUUUAAUCAGUGGAAUGAAAAAUUUUGUUACUCUAAUUCACAACCAUCAGUCAUUAGCAAACUGGCUCAUUGCUCUGUAUGUUCCCAUCCAGGUUCACCUAAGGAUCAUGAACGUAAUGGAUGCAAAUUAUGUAAAACUGAUCGAUAUUGUGAGCCACAUGAUUAUGAAUACUGUUGUCCUUGUGAGUGGCACCGAACAGAACAUGAGAGACAGCUAAAUGCAGUAGAAAACAGUAUUAAGAAAAAAGCUUGCAGUUGUGAGGGAUUCCCAUUCCACGAGGUUAUUCAAGAAUUCCUUUUGAACAAGGAUAAAUUGGUGACGGCAAUCAGGUACCAAAGACCUGAUUUAUUAUUGUUUCAGAGAUUUACUCUUGAAAAAAUGGAGUGGCCCAGUCACUAUGCAUGUGAGAAAUUGUUGAUACUGUUGACGCACUAUGACAUGAUAGAAAGAAAGCGCGGUAGAAGGAACUCUAAUCAACUACAGCCACUUCGAAUUGUUAAAAACCGAAUCAGAAAUGGAGUUCAUUGCUUUGAAAUAGAAUGGGAAAAGCCUGAACAUUACUCUAUAGAAGAUAAGCCUGGAGAAUUGGUUUUACAAACAAUAGAAGAAGAAUCAUUGUUUGAAGCAGCUUAUCCUGAGAUUGUUGCUGUUUACCAAAAACAAAAGUCAGAAAUUAAAGGCAAGAAACAAAAAAGCAUGAAAACUAAGACUAAAGAAAACAAUUUGCCAGAAUCAGAUGAUAUGAUGACUUUUCAAUCACACAUGACUUUAAAACCCACAUGCGAAAUCUUUUCUAAGCAGAAUUCCAAGUUAAAUUUGGAAAUUUCCCCUGAUUCUACAUUACCCCAGGAAUCUAUUUCUGUGUCAUUGAAUACCUUGCUUUUACCUGAAGAUGCACCCUGUUUGAAUACACAAGAACAGUUAAUAUCUUCUCCAAGACCUUUGGCUGUGCAGCAAAUUAAAGCUGUCAGUAAGUCUCUGAUUGCAGAAUCUAGUCAACCCAGUACCUCAUCCCAUAAUAUAUCUGCAAUUGCUGAUCUGCACUUGAGCACCAUUGACUGGGAAGGUACUUCUUUUAGUAAUUCUCCAGCUAUCCCAAGGAACACUUUUGCUCAUGGUGUAAAAUCGGAACUUGAAACAGCUAUCCCUGAUAGCUUAAAAAAUAUUACAGAGCAAUUGUCAUGUGAAUCAGAAUGGUGCACUACAAACAUUAAUAAACUGUUCGAUUGGGAUCUUCAAAAGACUGAUCCUGAAGAGCACCUACUUUCUGGCAUUACUGAUUUACAUCUUCAGGAUUUACCUUUAAAGGAACGAAUACGUAUAAAAUCAUCAUAUCCUCAGAAUAAUAUACAACCAGAUGAUGAUCUGAAAACAUUGUCCCUACUUACUGUACAAGAACACUGUAUUGCUAAUAGUAGUUCUGAAUGUCUAUCACAUCUUUCAAAGGAUCUUCUAGGAAUUCAUUUGCAAAAUGAAUCUAGGAACUGUAAAGUCCUAAAAGGAAACCAGCUGUUUCAAGAAAACUAUAAAGCAAAUACUUCUAUACCUUAUUCUGUCAAUAACCCAAUAGUAAAGACCUCCAAUGUUAGAAUUGGACCACCAAAUACUGCUUUAGAUUAUAGUAGAAAAGUUGAUGUGCAAACCACUCGGAAAACUGUAAUGAAGAAGAGUGUUUGCCUUGACACACAUUCCUCUGGUGAAGAAAUUAUCCCAGAGUCUGGGAAAGCUAAGUCCACAACUCAAAAAAUGAAACAGAGUUCUCAGAAACAUAGCCCAGCCCAGUUCAAAAAAAAUGAUGCCAACAAAUUGAGUAACCCUAAAGCACAUAUUAAAGAAACUGAACAGUGUGUCCAGCCUUAUAAAACAGCUGGAAAUGAAGAAACCUGUUUCCAAGAUGCAGCAAAAAGGUCUCUGAGUUUUCUACAGUGUCGUGAGGAAAAAGACGUCUCUGGUACCUGUUUGGAUAGUCCUCUUCCUUUAAGUCAGAGAUUAAAACUAAGGUUCCAAAACACCUGAAAUUAAAUUUAAAAUAUUCAAGUAUAACUUAUAAUUCUAGUACUGUUGGCAUUAGCAGAAGCAGAAGGAAGGUAUCUAGUUAAUGUAUAUUAGAAAAAUUUAACGUGAUUCUAUAUGUUGUGAGACACUUGCUAUUUUAAUCAAAACUGUAAUAAAAAACAUUACCUAAAACUUUGGUUUUAAAAGACGAUCCUCUGUAGUGAAAACUUCAGAUAAUGUGUAUUUUUAUAACAUACUUUUUUCAUUGAAAAAAAUCUUUAUUGAUUAUUCUUUAGUUAUAUCCUUAAAAUGUUAGUACACUACUAGACAGAGUAAAUGCUCCAUUAAUUUGCUCAUUUUUAUUCAUUUCUUCCACAAGCCCCUAAAGCAUUUUUUGAUAUUCCAGCUUGUUCCCAAGGGAAAACUCUUUAUAAUUGCCUGCAUUCUCACAACAUCUUCUGUUGUGCCUUUCUGAGAGUUAGAUUAGCUUUCAAUGUGAAGAUACUUUCAGCUGCUCUCCCAGUUUCAGUAAUCUUAUUCUCUCUUGUGAGGGACAAAAAAAAAAAUGGAAAAGGAGGAUGAUGAUCAAUAUAUAUAGUGAAAAUCAUGGUUGUGGCAGCUGAAUAAACUGAGGAAAUCUACUUCUUACAUAUCCCCAGAAGUCCACAGGUAUGCCAAGUGGAAAAAGAUUUGGAAAAUAGAAUGUAUAACCAGAAGAGGAUUAGGAACUUGCUCAGGAUCAUACAGCUAAUUAAUAGUGGUAUGGGAACCAGAUUUCUUGCCUCUCAAUUCAUUGGUUUUUCUGUUAAAAUUUUUCUUCGAUAGCACUUUUUUCUUCCCCUUUUGUUUUAACAAUGCAUCUAUACGAUAUUAACUACAGUACCUCCAAAUAUUAAGCUAUUCAUUUAUUUAUUUAGCACUCAAGAAGUCUAAAGGGAACCAGAUUGGAAAGGUAAAAGUAAAACUGUUGCUACUUACAGAUGACAAGAUCUUGUGUUUAUGAAGUUCUGAGGAAUUCACUAAAAACUAUUAGAACUGAUAAAUGAGUUCAGCAAGGUUGCAGGAUACAAGAUCAAUAUAUAAACAUCAGUUGUAUUUCUAUACCCUUCUAAUGAAUAAUACUAAAUGAAAUUAAGGAAUUCUUUUUAUAGCAAUAACAAAAAGAAUAAAAUACUUUGGAAUAAAUUUAACAAUAGUACAAAAUUUUUACUCUGAAAACUAUAAAAUAUCAUCAAAAGAAAUGAAAGAAAACCUAAAUAAAUGAAAAGACAUCCCAUGUUCGUGGAUCAGAAGACUUAAUAUUAAGAUGACAAUACUCCCCAAACUAAUUUGCAUAUUCAAUGCAAUCCCCAUCAAUUCUGGCUGAUUUCUUUGCUGAAACCAAUAAGCUGAUUCUAAAAUAUAUACGGAAAAUUAAGGGACACAGAAUAGGCAAAACGAUCCUUAAAAAAAAAAAAGAAAUGGCAGGACAGGACUUGCCCUUCCUGAUUCUGACUUCAAAACUUACCACAAAGCUACAGUAAUGAAGAAUGUGUUGAAUGGCAUAAAGGUAGACAGAUAGAUCAGUGGGAUAGAACUGAAGGUCCAGAAAUACGUCCUCACAUUUAUGUUCAGUUGAUUUUCAACCAGAGUGCCAAGACAAUUCAAUCGGCAAACAAUAGUCUUUGAGCAAAUUCUACUGGUACAACUGAAUAUCCACAUGCAAAAGAAUGAAGUUUGAUCUCGACCUCAUACAAUAUAAAAAAACUAACACAAAAAUGGGUCAAAGACCUAAAUGUAAGAUCUAAAACUAUAAAACUCUUAGAAGAAAACAUUAACAUAAAUCUUUGUGACUGACUUAAGCAAGGGUUUCUUAGAUAUGACACCAAAAGCUAAGGCAACAAGAAAAAAUAAACUUCAUCAAAACCAGAAAUUUUUGUGUUUCAGGGGACAUCAUCAAGAAAAUGAAGAGACAACCACAAAAUGGGAGAAACUAUUUGCAAAUCAUAAAUGUAAUAAAGGGGCUUAUAUCUAGAGGGACUUGUAUAAAGAACACUUACAACUCAAUAAUAAAAAGACAAAAGUGGGUAAAAUAUCUGAAUAGAUAUUUCUUCAGAGAAGAUAUACAAAUGGCCAACAAGUGGAUGAAAACAUUCUCAACAUAAUUAGUCAUCAGAAAAAUGAAAAUCAAAACCACAAAGAGAUGCCACUUCACAACAAAUAAAAUGGCUAGAAUCAAAAAAGACAAAUUAAAAAAAGUGUUUGGUGAGGAUGUGAAGAAACUGGAACCGUCAUAACCUAUUGGUAGGAAUGUAAAAUGGGUCAGCCACUAUGGAAAAAGACUGUUGGUUCCUCACGUGGUUAAACAUAGUUACCAUAUGAUCCAGCAAAUCCACUCCCAGGUGUAUACUCAAGAGAAAUGAAGACACACCCACACAAAAACUUGUAAACAAAUGUCCAUAGUGACAUUAUUCACAAUAGCCUAAAAGUGGAAACAACUCAAAUGCCCAUCAACUGAUGAAUGGAUAUACAAAAUGUGGCAUUUCAAUACAAUGAAAUAUUGGCAAUAAAAAGAAAUGAAGUGCUGAUACAUAUUACAAUGUGAAGUUUGAAAACAUGCUAUGUGAAAGAGGCCAGUCACAAAAGACCAUAUAUUAUAUGAUUCCGUUUGUAUAAAGUGUUCCAAAUAGGCAAAUCUAUAAUAUAUAGAAACACAAAGUAGACUCAUGGUUGCCAAAGGCUGGCAGGGAGGGGAGUUUGAAGAAGGAGAAGGGAAAUAACUGCUUGUAAGAUGGGUUUUGGGGGGAGUGGGUGAUGAUGAAGAUGUUCUAGAAUUGAUUGUGAUGAUUGUGAAAAUUUGAAUAUACUAAAACCAUUGAAUUCUGCAAUUUAAAUAGAUAAAUUCUGUGGUAUGUGAAUUAUAUCACAAUAAAGGUGUUUUAAAAACAAAAAGAAAUUGUGGAGAGUUUUACCUGUCCAAACUCUUUAAUAUCUAAAAUGUAUAUAGUCUAACCUCACUGUCAUAUAUGCACUGCCAUCAUUAUUUUCUAGAUUUGAAAAUAAGUCCAGAAAAGUGAAGAGAUUUAUUUUCCCAGGACUGGAGAUGGAAUUGUGUUUAUUUAUCUAGUAUUUAUUUCAUUAUGCCAUGUUGUAAAAUUAGGAUCAAAUUUGGG